AUGGGCGUAUCAACGGAUCGUAUCCGUGGCUCGCCAGGACUAAAUCUUGACCAUCUCGAAUGUUGUAUUUGUCACGAAAUACUCUGGAAACCGGUUGCUUGCCAAUCAUGUGAAACACCAUUCUGUUCGGCAUGCAUUCGCCAAUGGCUGAAUGAAUAUCCGGCACAGUGUCCCAAUCGAUGUCAAGCAUACAAUGAACGAAAGUGUCCACCAUUUGUUGCUAAAGUACUUUCUCAAUUAAAAGUUGCUUGUGUCUACGAUUCCAAUGGUUGCGAAGAGAUCAUUUCCUAUGAAGCAUUGGACAAACAUGAGGUCGAAUGUGGAUUUCAACUUCAUCGAUGCUCUGGAUGUCAAUCAGAAAUAUUAAAAAAAGAUUUGAAUAAUCAUGAAAUUAACUGUGAAGCCAUUGAAAUAGUUUGUCCUGAUUGUAGAAUUGUAUACAAACGAGGUGAUGCUACUAAAAUACAUACAGAAACUGUUUGUUUAAAAGAACAACUUCGACAACUUCGAAACGAAUCGAAAGAGAAUAAACGCGAGAUACAUGAACUCAAUCUUCAAUUGCAUGAAAUGCAUCUAUUGAGUAAGUUUGACAUGCUGGAUUUGCGUGAGAAUAAACUUAAUCCAAUAGGUCCAUGGAUAAAGGAAAUGAAAAUUACAUUUGACGAUUUACCAUUAACUACCGAUGAAACAAAACGGAUGCCGAUUGUAUAUCGUGGACUGAAAUGGAAUAACAUGAAAUAUGGAUACGAACUAUAUUUGAGCAAGAAACAUCCAAAAAGUGGCUACAUCAAUUGUUUCACACCUGGUUCUAGUCCAAACAUAGCAUUUUUCAAGGACGAUGUAUCAUUCGGAGUUGUUACUCGAAAUGAUAGCAUUACUUUUUACUCUCUUACUGCAUGUGCUGCUUGGAAUGACGAUUUGCAAUUAACGAUUACGGGCUAUCGAGGUUCAGUGGAAAUCAACAGACACACAGUAACACUGCUCUUUGGUAAACCACAAUUUAUUCUUCUUAAUUGGAAAGACGUAGAAAAAAUUAUCUUGAAAUCAGCUGGUGGUACGGCUCAUCCUGAUAGCGGUGGAUUGUCGGCGACUCAUGUUAUACUAACUCAGCUAACCAUAGGCCCAGCGGAUUGA